AUGGCGUAUCCCAGGACAGUAAUGGCCUGGCUGUUCUGCUUUCUUAUUGUCAUGGAGACAAUAUCUGGGCCGGCCGCCUUACUGCAGUCAGAUAUAUUCAGAGAUCCUCCACGUAUCACCAACAGUUCCACACCAACCCUCAUUCACAAGCGCGGGGACAGCGCCUCCUUGUUCUGUGAGGCAUCAGGGAUGCCGACGCCCACCGUGUCCUGGACCAAGAAUGGCGAACCUCUCAUGGACAGCGUGGGCAGGAAGACUGUGGACGGAAACAGAAUAGAGAUUGUAGAUUUACACCAUGAAGAUGGCGGGGUGUAUGUGUGCACCUUUACCAACUCUAUCAGUCAGGUCAGCCAGAGCAUCAAGCUGGUCGUAGAAGGCAGUGCCUUCAUUAUGACACCUCCUGAGAAUACCACAGUGAGGGAGUUCCAGAAGGUAAAGCUGAACUGCCAGGCUGAGGGAUACCCUGAAAAUAUCACCUACAGAUGGUACAGAGACAAUGUAGAUGUAAAGUUACACCCAAAGUUCAUGGAGCGUGGUGAAAUUCAAAUUGAUGGCCGUUUGGUCAUUAGUAAUGUUCUCCGCACAGACUCAGGAUGGUACAGGUGUCGACCCACUAACGGCAUUGGCAUGGCCCCAGAGGCUAAGGCGUAUCUCAACGUGACCUAUCCACCAGAGGUGUUGCCAGUGGAACGCAAUGUAUAUUUUCCCAAAGGCAUGACGGACUACCUGCCGUGCCCCAUAGACGCCAACCCACCUGUCUACACUGUCACCUGGACCAAGAAUAACCAGCUGGUGGAUUUGUCUAGCAAUGGCAGGAUUGGUCUGGGUCAGGACUGGUCACUGGUGUUCACUGACAUCAGGAGUGAGGACACGGGAGCCUACACAUGUACUCCUUAUAAUGACAAUGGCAUGGGAAGGAGCUCAGAUCUGAUGCAGGUGGUAGUAAGAGAUCCCCCCUACUUCACAAUGAGGCCCAAUCCUUACUAUCAGAGGAUGCCAGGAGAGUCUGUCACGUUCCCGUGUGCGGCAUCAGGGACACCAUUGCCUGUCAUAUCCUGGAGAAAGCCGGAUUCCUAUGUCCCUGAUGACAGCAGAGUGAGUAGGGAUCGCCAUAAUCUGACCAUAUCUCAGCUGCAGAAGUCAGACCAUGGGAAAUAUGAGUGUGUGGCCAAAAAUGCUGUCACCACUGUGAUAACUAGCACGCUGCUCAUUAUUGAAAUGACUACACCACAUGCUCCAUAUAAUGUUACCGUGACAACGACCCAGUUCUCUGCUAAGAUAGAUUGGAAGCCAGCAUAUGAUGGUGGAUACCCACAGCGUUAUGUGAUAUGGUUCAAGAGGGAAAAUGACCAGGGCUGGCAGACAAUCAGCGUUCUUCCUCUUGAAGCCACAAGUUUUACAAUUCACAAGUUGGUCCCAGAUUCAGCCUAUGAGUUCAUGGUGAUGUCUCGGAACCAACUGGGUAACGGACUCUCUAGCAAUAAAGUCUUAGCCAGAACCAAAGGCUAUGAUGGUUCUUUGCCUAUCACACCUCCUACCAACUCCAUGGGCCAGACCUACUUCCCUCGUAUUGAGAGUCCACAAGGUCCGCGUCCAGGCACCCCAGAAAACAUCACCGCCAUCUUGUUUGACAACGGGACCAUACGCGUGUCGUGGGACCCUCCUACUGCAUCCCAAGUGCCAAUUUUCUACUACCAUCUGCGAUAUCGAAAGCUGGGCAGUGCUCGGUGGGAAACGACAUCGGGAAAAAUCAAACAUCCCCAAACUUACUACACCUUACGAGGCCUUCUGGAAGGUGAUACGUACCAGUUCCAAGUGAUUGCGUACAGCUUGUAUGCAUACAGCUAUCCCAGCAAUGUGGCCGAGAUUGUCAUAGACAGGUUGGCGCAAGUGGGAGUGGGGAUCCGUUGUCAAGUGCACGCCAUAUUUAAUCCACAGACUAGUUAG